AUAGAACUGGAGGAACUAGAGGAAUCCUCUGGGCGUCCAUGACGUGCCUUGGGCUGAAUGGACAUUUCGGACGCGGACGAGCUCCCGCCCUCCCCAGAGUUUGGGCAGCUCCAGGUGACUGUGACGCCUCCCGAAGGGCCUGACGGCGGUCAGCCGCUCGAGCCGACUCUGCCGACCCCGGAGUUCGGUGAGUCCGAAAAGCUAAAGGUGGCAGAAGCAACCAAAGCCGUUGCUGAAUCUCCAAAGUUUGGGUCUGCCACUCCAGCGUCUCCCACCUUUGGCGAGCCAGACUCGCCAGAGGCGCCAGCAGCGCCGGAGGCAGUGCCUCUGGCAGCGCCGCGGGAGCAGGUGACCAUACCAUCCACCCCGGACUUCGGCAGCGCAGAUGAGCGCAAGAGCAGCACCGCCAGCAGCCCACAGGGCUCCAGCUGCUCCAAUAGCCCGGAUGCCGGGCGCGGGAAGCGGCUGUCCGUGGACAUGCUGCUGCCGUCGCCGGCCUCGCCCAACGAGCGCAGGGAGAAGGCGAGGUUCGACUUUGCGGAGGAGGUGCCGGACUUGGUGAAGCAGAACAAGGAGCUGAUGCAGGAAUGCCUGGCCCUCCGACUCGAGAAGAAGAAGGAUGAGCAGAUGCUGAGCUGGUACUACGAGGAGUAUGAGGAGUACGAGGAAUUCAUGGAUGAACAGAGUCGACAGAGGCCGCGACUCGUCGAGAUGGAGGAACUGGCGCAGGAGCACGCGGAAGUGCGGAAGAGGCUUCAAGCGCAGCUGCAGGAGCAGAGUGUCCAAGUCUUGGACGAUCAGGUUAAGGAGGCUCGCCAGCGUCAGCAGCUGCAGCAGGAGGAGGCGCUGACCAGCACCCUGCGCCUGGAGAACGACGACCUGGCGGCGGAGCUCCGGGAUCUCCAGGAGCGCCUGACGCAGCACACCAAAGCGGCGCAGCAGGCGGAGGAGCAAGGUGCUGCCCUAGAGGCCUCCCUGCAGCAGGCGGUGGCCAAAACCCAGCGCGCCGAGGCGGCGGCCUCGUCCGCGUCGCAGAAGGCGCAGCGAGCGGAGGCUCGCGCGGAGGCGGCGUGGGCUGCAGAGGCGGAGGCGGCGCAAGAGCAGGACAGCAGUGCCACGCGUGAGGUGAAGAGUGCGAUGGACGCCCUGGCAAGGUCUCGGCAGGAGAUGGAGGAGGUGACGGGAGUGGAGUGGCGCGCGGCGGAGGCCUUUGAUCGUGUGGCGGACUUGUCGCGGGAGCUGAAGCAGGCACAAGCCCUGGCAGACUCCGAGAGCCAGCGCCACAGCGCGCAGCUGGCGGCCUUGCGAGCCGACGCCCAGGUGCAGAUCGCGGCGGUGGAGCAGCAGGCGGCGGACCUGGCGGUGCGGCUGAAAGUCGCGAACUCCGAGUGGAAGGAUGCGCAGGCGCGGUUGGAGCUGGCCUCCGCUUGCAGAUCCGCCACCUCGGAUCAGAAGGAGGAGCUCUUCGAGACGCGGAUCCAGGACCUGGAAGCGCGGCUGGCCUCCGAGGCUUCCUGCAAGCUGCGGGCGGAGAAGCGGCUGGAGGCUGAAGAGGUGCUGGCGAGGCAGCUGCAGUCGGACCUGGACAAUGAAACGUCCGCCAAGCGCGAGGCGGCCAAAGCCUCCAAGUCCCUGGACCUCCAGCUGGCGAGAGCCACCGCCUGCGAGCACGAGGCCGAGGCGCGGCUGCAGGAGGCGGAGGGCGACGCGCGGGAGCUGCAGCGGGCGCUGCGGGAGGCCAAGCGACAGACCCACGAGGCCGAGCAGGAGGCCGAGUCUUCAGGCGGGCAGCUGGGGGCGGCCUUGGGCGCCAAGCAGCGCCUGGAGGCGCAGAUGCGGAUCCUGCAGGCCUCCCUGGAAGCUGCAGAGAGCAGCGCAAGCUCGGGAGGCAGCGUUGCGCUGAAGCUGCAGGGUCAGCUGGGAGAGGCCAAGCUGCAGCUGCAAAGCCAAGCGCAGCAGCGGCAGCUGGCGGAGGCUCAGCUCGGGCAGCUGGAGGACUCCCUGAACCAGCUGCAGGGGGAGCUGAAGUCCUCGGGCGAAGCGCGGCGGAGCGUGGAGGCGCAGCUGGGGGAGACGAAGCUGCAGCUGCAGAGUGAGACACAACGGCGACAACUCGCGGAGGCACAGCUGGGGCCGCUGCAGGACUCCCUGGGGCGGCUGAAGGCGGAGCUCAAGUCUUCCACCGAAGCGCGGCGAGGCUCAGAGGUGGCGCUCCAAGAGUCCCGGGACUCUGCCAAGGAGCUUGUGGACUUCCAGCUGACAGAGAAGCACGCGGCCUUCGGACUGGAGGCCUCCGAGCGGAAGAGCACGGAGCUGUCGGAGGAGCUGGGCGCGGAAAGGCGAAGCGCUGCGAAGCGCCAGGCGUUGCUGGGAAGCUUGGAGCUGCAGCUCGAGGUGGAGCAAAAAGGCAAGGAAGCCGCCCAGGACGCCUUUGGCCGGGCCCAGGAGGCGGCCAACUCCUUGGAGUGCCAACUGGCCUCCGCCGGCGCGGUCCUGGAGCGGCUCAAGGAGCAGCAAGUGGCAGAGGGCCAGGGCAUCGAGGAGUUUGCUGCAGCGCUGGGCAUUGCCAGAGAAGAGCAGGCGGAGCAGGGGGAGGAGCUGGGCGUGCUGCGGGAGGAGCUGGACAGGGCGCGGUCCCAGCGCCGUGCCGCCAUGCAGGCCUCGGAGCGCGCCCAGCUGGCGCGCCUCGAGCAGCACCACCAGCUCGAGGCCGUGGAGGCGCAGGCCAUCCGCUGGAAGAAGCAGACCUUGCUCGAGGAGGCCGCGCGGAGCUCCUCGGUGUCGUCGCUGCUGGAGGAGUCCAGCGCGGUGGUCCGGGAGCAGCAGGCUGAGCUGGUUCAGGAGGUGAAGUGCCUGCACGCAGAGCUGGCGCAGAACGCGUCAGAGCUGUCCACCGUCGAGGAUGACUGCACGAUGCUGAAGUAUCGCUUGACCCGGGCGGAGAACGAGGCUCAGGACUUCGAGAAAUCGGCAGAGUCAGAGCAGGAGUGCUGCCGGAUGCUACUGCAGCAGCUGGAGGAGCUGGCGGUGCAGUCCAUAGCAGGGUCGCAGGCUCCCAUCUCGAGGAGAGAAGCGGCACAGGUGCGCCAACUCCAAAGCGAGGCGGCAGCCGUCAGAAGGGAGCUGCAGCAAGUGCGGGGAGCUGCGCAGGUUCUCGCAAGCAGCAUGAGCAGCGCUCACAUUGGAGGAGACCCGCCGCAGUUUGUGACGCCGAGGACCGCUCCUCGGGCAGGCUUUGUGUCCUCGCUGCCUUUGUCUGCGAGCGUCAUCAGCAGCUCUAGCCUUGCCACCGCGGGGUCUGAGUGGCCUUUGCCCUGGGGUCCGCCACCGGCAGUUGUCAAGGACUUGGUCUUCCCCGCGAGCCCAGCUUCUUGCCGGGACGCUCCGCGCGACUGAGCUUGAGAGGCGCCGGACGGCCGGACGGGGAUCUCUGUGAAGCCAGGGAUUUUAGUUGAAGCUUCACGACAUGCAAACCGGAAUGGACGAAAACAAACGAGGUCUGGUCAAGAU